UGACAAGGAGCAGUUCAUUACUUUUGCUUGUUAUUUUUUUUUAUUUAUUACAAAGAGCACAAUGAGGAAUGAAAUCUGUUCCCUGGCUUUUCUCCGGGCAGUGUUUGCAGAGUUUUUGGCCACUCUGAUAUUUGUCUUUUUGGGAUUGGGCUCUGCCUUAAACUGGUUACCAUCUCUGCCGAGUGUCUUACAGAUUGCAUUUGCUUUUGGCCUUGCGAUAGGUACUUUAGUACAAGCUUUAGGACAUGUUAGUGGGGCUCAUAUAAACCCAGCUGUCACUAUAUCAUUUUUGGUUGGUUCCCACAUAUCCAUACUGCGAGCCUUCUUCUACAUUAUAGCCCAGCUGGUCGGAGCAAUAGCAGGUGCUGGCAUUCUUUACGGAGUUACACCUAGUGAUGUCCGUGGCAACUUAGCAAUUAAUGGGGUAAACAAUGGGACUCCAGGACAGUGUUUUGCUGUAGAGCUGAUACUAACAUUCCAACUGGUUCUCUGCAUUUUCGCGUCAACUGAUGGACGGAGAAAUGACAAUCUGGGGUCACCUGCCUUAUCGAUUGGGCUGUCUGUUACCCUAGGGCACCUUUUGGGGAUCUACUUUACCGGCUGCUCCAUGAAUCCUGCUCGAUCCCUUGGACCUGCUGCCAUUACUGGAAUCUUUGCUUACCAUUGGGUGUUUUGGAUCGGACCAAUAGUUGGUGGAAUUUUAGCUUCAGUCGUUUACAAUAUUAUUCUCUUCCCAUACGAUAAGAGCUUCUCAGAUAGAUUGGCGAUUCUGAAAGGUACUUAUGAACCAGAGGACGAGUCUUGGGAAAACAAACAAGAGAAUAAGAGGCAUUCUGUCGAAUUAUACUCAGCGCAACCUCUUCCUAAAGCCGUAGAGAAAUUCUAAGCCCAAAAAAACAUUUGUAUUUUAUUUUUUUUUCAAGAAACGAAGAUUACAUUUGGGUUACUUAAAUGUUCUUUUUGUUUAAAUGUAAAAAGCUGCUAAUUUGCUUAUAUAGAUAUUAAUCUAAAAUAACAGUAUCACCUAGUAUAGUAGAUUUUUUUUUUUUAAAAACACCCAGGCUAUACAGAGUGACACACGGGAUAGAUCAUUAAAGGAUUUGAAAAGAUAAUGGAAAACUUCCAUAAAUAUGUAUAUUUUUGCAGGGUAUAUAAAAGAUGCAUUAUGCAUUACGAUAAAUGUAAUACCCCCCCAAAAUUGCCUUUCAACCUCUCGUGUUUAUGAGUCAUACAUCAAUAAUGAGCACACGACUCUGCUUGUGGGGCAACUGUGAAUUCUAGUUACUUGAUUGUCUGGGAUUCACCUCUUAAAUAGCCCAAAAAGGAAUCUUGAACAAGCACUCUCCCUGCAGGUUAAUUGUGUUCGUUUUGUUCAUAUGCACACUGUAGGGAGUUAUUUCUAUAAAGAUGAAUUUAUUUCUGCUUAGCUACAGAAUUGCUUACACAAAAUGCUUACAGGCAACAAUUCCCAACAGCAAUGUGUAGUAGCCACAUUUCUACCGAACAAGCAAGCUAUUAACUGAAAGAAAUAAACAGUUCACUAUCCUAAUGUUGUACACAUGUAAGUUUGCUGGGAGCCACUGUGUCAUAUAGAUGUGCCAUAUUAAAAUACUUUAAAGCAGGGAUGCCCAAAAGGUAGAUCUCCAGAUUUUGUAAAACUACCACUCCCAUGAUGCUGCAUGUCCUUUAGAAUGCCUCUAGAAUGCCAAAACAUCAUGGAAGGUGUAGUUUUAAAACAUCCGGGGAUCUACCUUUUUGGCGCCUCUGCAUUAAAGGGUUACCAGUAUAUGUUUAAAUUAGAGAACUGAUUGGAGUGUAUAUUGUACGUUUCUGAUGUGUUUUAGUGCAAUUUUACUGUGUGCUCAGAUUUCGUGCCAAAUAAAAACUGCCAAUAAAACAGAACUAUAAUGUAACGCACAAACGCAUUUUUAGUCAGAGGAAACACAAGUUGUAAGUCUUCUAACUUCACCCAUCACAAACAAAUGAGAAUUUUGUAAAGUUAAAAAAAGUUGUCACAUUUUUACCAUUAGUCCAAAAUCCUAAAAAAAAAAAAAAACAUGAUAUGUCCCUUAACCGUGCAUUGACGGAAUUAUCAUUUUAUUUAUACUCCGAUAAUGAAGAAUAUGUAUUUCGUAUCAUUACUAUUAUUUUGU